UUUAUCACACAACCGCCCCCUAAUGGGUAUAAAUUAACUGGAACCUUAUACUUUUGAAUCAGAAUCAUGGGGUCAUUCUUCUUGGUUCUUGUUGCUCUAGCCGUCAUAUUUGAGGCAUCGGCAAAUUCUAAAAUUGCAGGAGGUUGCUUGUCAGGCAUAAAGAAAAGGCUGGAGACGCAUUACCUUGAUAAUUGUACUGGAAAUCAAACGGAGAACAACAUCAUUCUAGUUGACUCGAGGCUUAGUUGGGAACAAGCUAACAACAUUUGCAUUAGCACGAAUCUCUCUUUAGUGACCCUGAAAUCAAAAACAGAAUUGGACGAGUUCUACAACAAACUCAGCGAACACUAUUUCCGUUCCGCUUGGGUUUUGGCGAGUAACUGCAAAAACGGUUCGAUUAUCCAAUGGGGUGAGAGUGGACCAAUUCUUGAGACCGACAGCGAAAUGUGGUUUAAAGGAAAUGAAGAGGCGGUAGCGCAACCAAAUGAACUAUUAAAUAACUAUUCGGAUAUUUUAUAUAAAGGCCAUCUUUGCGUGGCGGUAAUUCGAGGAGGUCUUUGGGACGAGUCCUGCAGUUUUCGCUACAAAUUCGCCUGUGAGUGUCGUAAAGAGGCAAUCAUGAACUCGCCAUAAAAAUGCGAAUUAGUUUUGCACCAGUUGAAAAAAUUGUUUUUCAAUGAAAACGAUCGGAUUUUAAAUAAAUGGCACUGAUUUUAUUUACGAAGUAACUAUCAAAUUUUAAUUGCAUCGAAGAAUAAACGAAUGUUAUGGAUUUAACAGUAUAAUAUAAUUC